AUGGAUGACGAUGACAAAGAGCAGGUAGUCUCACCAUUGUCCAUCAUGAUUGAAUGUAGAGCAAUGCAAACCAGAGUGACUCUCUUCCUAGCUAAUGAGGAAUGGGAUGUGACUCACAUCCUUGAUCUCAAGAUUGAGGGUCCAAUCAAACAUGCAUGCCUCCCCAUUAAGGUUGAGAGCCCUACAUUGGGUCAGAGCAACACCCCAGCCUUCGAAACAAGCAACUCCAAUCACCAUCUGAUUGGCCAUGAAGCUACACUGUGUCCUACCCCUGAACUCAGUGCAAUCACAAAUCACCAUCUAAAGGUGUUUUCUGGUCUAAAUGAUAAGAUGAAAUGGGAGGAACAGGACCUACUGGACCCCAGCUUCUCAAACAAGUUGCAUUCCAAGUACUUUGCAGAGCAUGGCAAUCAACCGAUGCCAAUUGCUGUAGAUCUGUUCAAGUGGGCAAUGAAUAAGUGUAUGGUACACUCCACUGCCAAGGAGUAUGAGCUCCUCACAGCCACCUAUGACUUGCAUUGGGACCAAGUUGGAAGCAGAGCAUACAACUUCCUUACUAAAUGGGAAGCUCAUGUAUCCAAAUUGCAUGCCUACUUGAAGGUCCCCUGGACACUGGAUCACUGUUACUGGACACUCAAGCACACACUACCUUCAGACAGAAAUGCACUAUUCAACUCAGUGUUUGUCUUGCACAAGAGACUUCAUGGGAAGGAGCAAACAGCCAAAAGUGUAGCUAACAUACUUCACGAAUGUUAUGAACUUGUGGCCAAAAGUGCCCCUGUACACCUUCCUCCCAUGUCUGAAGCAUUGGAACUGAUUGCAUUGCACACUGCCAUGCUCAUCAAUUGUUGGGCCUGUGGUGAACUUGGCCACACUGCCAAUUGUUGCCCAGACAAUGCUGCUCACACCAAGUGGGAACAAGGAAAGAUUAAGGUGUCCCCCAAGGGUCAUGCCAAUGCAUGUGUCAUACUACCUCUUGAAGACACCCAGGAGGACUAG